AUGAAUAGGCUGGCGGGGUGUGACGUCGAUAGUGGGCAGCGAAUCAGCCGUGGUGGCGGAGGCUGGGCGAUGAUAGCACCCCGACUUCGAGCUGAACGAUAUGCCGCUGAAAGUGAGGAAGAUCUGACGAUGGAAGUCAGAGUAGAAGAAGUAGGUGAGAAAUGGACAGAGACGAAGAGGAAAGGGAAGAGAAAAGAAAAGUCAAGGCAAUGGGGGAUUGGCAAAGAUUGGGCCGCCUUGAUCAGCUGCGGGCGGCGACAAUUAAGGAUUCAGCUUCUAGUUCGUCCAGACAGCAUAGCGUAUUCCAUCGUGGGAAAAGAGGAGAAUUCCGUCGCCUUCGCUCACUCACCCAAGGAAAAACCCACGGGUCUAACCGUUGGCGUACCCAUGGGACCCUGGGUACCUGACGUCCAACCCAGUCUUAGCGGUCUAGUCUUGCUGGUACCGCGGCAGUGGAGAUUAUCUAUCGACUAG